CAGAAAGAGCAAAUUCGAGUUAGAAAUCGGCCCCAUACAUUCACCGUCCAAGUACCGUACGUCAAAGACUAUGCAUAUUUACUAGCAGGCCUUCUCGGUGACCUGCGCCAGCGCCCAGCGGACAGCAUUCAGACGUCGACCGUGUGUAUGAACAUGUAUAGCUGCUGAAGUGGAUAAUUCUAACAAAAAUGGCAGCCCCACUCGCUGUGUUCGAAGAAAACGGCGAUGCGGCAAGCGAUGAAUGGCCUGAAUUCAUAGAUUUUCGUAGUUCAGCAGACGUUAUAAAUUCCAAUGGAGACGUUUUACCAGUUUUGUCACCGAAAGAGGAAAUAAGCCCGGAUAACUUCAACGAAAUGCGUUCAUCGUCUAUCGAAGAUUUGGUCAACAAUUUCGAUGACAAGCUGGCCGUAUGCUUCCGUAAUUACAACCUCAAUACGGAGCCACUUGCACCAGUUAAAAUACUCACACAGGAGGAGAUGAUGAAAAAUUGCAAAUUAUGGAAGCAAGUAACUGAUCAGCUAGGACAGGUUAUGCCUCUAGAUUGGCAGAACUCACACACAAGACGGAAGCACAUGCCUACUCUCAGACUGGUAGAAAAGAGACCUCAUAAUGAUGACCUUGACCUUUCUGAAGAUGAUGAGCUUCUUCAGAGUUUGGACCUUCAUUCCAUGAUCCUCUCCUCUCGAUCUCAUCACGACGUCGAUGAUAUGGACACGCCAGUUGUCACUGCAGAUGAAGUAAUUGAAGAACUUGAUGAAAUGUUCCAGUCGACAGAUACAACGCCAGAUGAGGUCAUAGAAGAGGACAGACUGUCUAACAUAUCAAGAGAGCUCCAGGCUUUGAGGAAUAGGUCUAUGACAACCAGUAGCUAUGAAGAAAGUAAAGUUGCACAGGGUAGGUUUCAUAGAUACCAGCUCUCCAACCCCUCCCCCAACUUACACAUUUCCUUUACUCCCCCACCCUCCCUACCUUUCCGCUCCUGUAUGCUGUAACCCUUAAUGGAUUAUUGCAUUAAUUAUUCAUUCUUUGAUUCAUUUAUUACAGAUCAAACCAGGGCCCCGUCUUACAAAGAGUAACGAUUGAUCCAAUCAAUUGUAACUAUAUGGAAAUCCACCAGGGUCUUAAUUUUUUCUACAGAAAAUUUGCACAAUGUCCUUUGUAACCAAAGAGAAGCGCAGUGAAUUUUCAAGAAAACGAUGAAUGCAUGAAUAUACAUCAUAGCUAGAAAAUAUUUUGAACAAACAUGCAUAAUAGAUGUUGACGUUGCUGGCCGUCCAUUGUUGCGAUUGAUCGGAUCAAUCGCAACUCUUUGUAAGACUGGGCCCUGAUCAACAAGCAAAACCUGUAGAUUAAGUCAUGUUGCCCAAUGGCCUGGUAAUACAAAGAUUUGUAAUCAAUCGAAAAAUGGCAAUGGCUAACCAAGAUCAUUGUAGCAAGUCUAAUUCGGUCAAAAUCCUGACCAGUUCCACAGUCAGAAAUGUUUUUUGCACAAGAGCAAUUGAUUACAAGUAUUUGUGGAAUGGGACCAUUUAAUGCUAGGUUUUUGGUGUUCUUGCCUCAUCCCGAAACCGUUAAGACCACUCCCCAUUUAUCUUUCACUGCAUUCUUUUCUUUCUCCACUUCUGACUGAUGUAAUGUUUUUUUUAAUUGCUAUGAUUUUCUGUGAUUGUUGGAUUUAAAUAGCAAAACACUAUACUCUGCUAGAGUAUACUGUCCUCAAAACCAAGGUGUCAAAUUUCAUUCCAAUCACAUAUUAGCUACCGAGACAAAAAGUCUAUCUUUAAUUAGGUUCUUUAGGGCAGAGAUAGCUGCCUUUCUGAAGUAGAGCUAUAUCUCAGCGAUACAAGGCAACAAAUUUAAUGCGAGCCACCUUAACUUAUCAUCUAGUCAAAAAGGGAUAGAUGUUUAUGAUGGUUAUAUCAUGUUUAUUUGUAGGAUUUUCCCCUGAUAAUGCCCCUCCUUCUCGGAAAACGAAUGGCCUGUAUCUUUCUUCAAUGUGUAGUGACUCGUAAAAAGCACUUGACCAUUGUAAACUAAAUGAAGUAUAUUCUCCACCCUCUAAAUAUAGUGAAGUGUAAUUCUAUCAUCUUUCUUAAUCUGCACUGAGAGCACAGGAUGGUGAUGAAGAUUCCUAAUUCUGAAGUGCAAUUGUUGACUUAAUUUCAUGCUUUUUCUUAGCAGUGAAUAUAAAUGAUGUAACAAAAGUCAAAUAUCUGUCAUUUCUUUAAUCUUACUUUUUGUGGCUUUAAAAAAGGAUGAAGUAAAAUGGACUCUAUUGAGAAUUGGUGUUACACAGGGGAGGGGGGAUUCACUCCUAUAAUGUCCCCCAAAAUUUAGAUUUUUGCACAAAAAGAAGUAGGGAUAUAUUUACAUUAUAAAUUAAAUAACCAACAACAACAACACCAAAAAAGGGAAACUCAUGCUUCCUUGUAAACAUGGUGCUAAAUGUAUUUACAAGAGUUCAUAUUGAAUACCUCCCAUGUAAGUAGAUAUACCAAUCAUCCAUUACCUUGUCAGGUAAUGUAUCCAAAUGCUCUUAAAUCUGAACAGGUAGACCAGACUUCAGAUCCCUAAAUUAGAUCAAAGCUCUAUUUCUGGCUGCCUAUAGAGCAUUAGCUAGUAAUGUGUUGUUGACUAAAACUCUACCCUUUCCCUACCUAUCAUAUCAUCUUGUCUUUUCACUCUCUUCUCUCUGUCUCUCUAACUCUCUCUGUCUGUCUUUCUGUCUCUUUUAGGUCUUCUCCCCUUCCCCCCUCUAGCAAUUUUGCCUAUUGUAGCAAUGUCUCAAGCGAAAAUUUCUUUAAAAAAAAAAAUCCUCCCCGAAAAAUAAAGCAAGAGAAGAAGAAAAAUGGCAGUUAUCAGUGUAGGAUAUACAUUUCAAUCUUCAAAAUCAUUCAGAUUAUACAGAAUUCCCUGUAUAUGAUAAUUCAUUUGAUAUAUCACCUUGGCCUGAACACCCCAAGAUUUUCUGGUAGGUGCCGGUAAUAGGUAUUUUGAUCCAUCUAUAUUGGCAAGGUUUGAUGGCAUGGAUAUGCUCCUUGGAGACACCCAUGCCCACUCCUUGCAGUCCCUGGAAUUACCACCUACCCCGGGCAGAAGAUGAGCAUUGUCAAUGGCAUAUGCAUCAAAGAAAAAAAUCUCUUUAUCAGUUUAUUUCCUUCUUCUUGAUGAUAUCAGAGAAUUCUCCGGUAUCGUGUCCAAGUAGUCUUAGUGGUCAUCUGCCAACGAUUUAACUUUAUCUCUUUUGCAAUUAAGGAAAUCAAAGGAUUAUUCUCUGUCAAAGACUAAUCCCAACUUGUCACCCACAAGGGUGUGUACUGUAAGAGUCUCCUAAUCUAUUGGUUGAUUUGCGAUCAAUCUUGAUCAAUCACAGAUCUUUGUGUGAUACCCAGGGCCUAGAUAUGAACCAAAAUAUUGAUGUGAUAUAUGGAUUUCCAUCACAGAUAGAGACAUCCAGGGAAAUGAUGCAAAGCCCAACAAAUUAUUAUAGGGUGAUGAUACAUGUACGUUGAGAGUGGACUGAGGUCGGCGUUGGAGGCCUGCUCAACUCCGUGUAACACCCCCUUUAUUGAAAAUGCCGGACCGAUGCCUGCUCGGACUGAGUCCAUCUCUGGGUGUGGGCUUCAGUCCUGCAAUGGGUAUUUGUGUCCCCCUCAAGUAGACUCGGUCCAGCUUGACCAAUGAACUAGAAACAGUGAACAAUAGUUCAAACUAAGGAACCAUGC